AUGUCGGCGACGGUGUUUUCGCGCAGGGCGCUUCACGCUACUACCCGGCGAUUGGCCGCGGUCAACCCCUCCGCAUAUAAAAAGACACCUCUAGCUCUCUCUAGACUCCCAGCUCCUCUAGCGAUAGCGACAGGGCAACAAAUCCAGAUCAGGCACGCACCCGUGCUGGCCGGACCCGGAACUCGAGUUGUUUCCCAGCUUCGACACCUCACAAACAGUAUACCUGCUGCAAAAGGACAUCAAAUAGCAGAGAUCUGUGAAGAGAAACUGACAUUCAAUUCCAACAGACAAGCAGCGUCGUCGACUGUGUCGCAAACACAAGGCCAAGAGAUCCUCGCAGCGCAGCGACGAUCACGACCCGUCAGCCCACAUCUAACCAUCUAUCGCCCACAAGUAACAUGGUAUCUGUCCGCCCUGAACCGCAUCACAGGCUGCAUCCUGUCUGGGUCCAUCUACGUCUUCGGCGCCGCUUACCUCGCAGCACCGCUGUUCGGCUGGCACUUGGAAUCCGCGAGCCUUGCGGCCAGCUUCGCGACGCUCCCGAUCCUGGCGAAGGUUGGCUUGAAGGCCUUUUUUGCGUUUCCGUUCACCUUCCACAGCUUUAACGGCCUGAGGCAUUUGGCUUGGGAUACCGGCCGGACUUUGACGAACAAACAGGUUAUUCAGACAGGAUGGUCCGUUGUUGGGCUGAGCGUUGUAACGGCUCUGGGAUUGACUUUCUUGUAG